AUGAGGGAAAUUAUAUUUGGAAUUAAGCAUUGCCACUCUGUUGGCGUGGUGCAUGGAGAUUUAAGGCCUGAGAACAUUUUAUUUGAAAACGAGUCAGCUGAUGCAAAACUGAAAAUUGUUGGGUUUAAGCACUCACAGUUCAUAAAACCAAACGGAAAACUUACUAAAUUUACUGGGACUUCUUAUUUCGCAGCUCCUGAGAUGAUUUCAGGAAGCUAUGAUAAUAAAUGUGACAUAUGGAGCCUUGGGAUUAUUCUUUACAUAAUGCUAUCAGGCCUUGUUCCAUACAAAGCAAAAUCCGAGCAAUCACUUUAUAAAAAAAUCCAAGAAAAGCCAGUUUCUUUUGAUUUUUCUGUAUGGGAUGGGAUUUCAAAAGAAGCAAAAGAUCUGAUUAAAUGAAUGCUUAAAAAGAAUCCAUCAAAUCGUCCUACAAUAGAUGAAGUUUUUGAAAAUAAUUGAAUAAAACAGCGAGCCAACAACUCAAUAAAAGAUAACCCAAUCGUAUCUACAUCUUUAAAAAACUUAAUUGCCUUCAAUAUAAGUAACAAACUUCAAAAGGCCACUUUAACUUUUAUAGUGUCUCAUCUUUCCACAAAUGUCGAAAUCGCUUAUCUCACUCCCCCCCCCCCGUGAGCGAACAAAACCAUUAGAAAAAUCACCAUUUUUUGACCAAAAACCCACCCUCCGUGAGCGAACAAAAAUUUUUUUUUAAUAGAAAAAAUUUUAAUGGAAAAAAAUUUUUGAUAUAUAAGUGAUAAUUAGUAUAAUGAAAUCUAGAGCUAAUUCUGUUUAAUUUUAAACAAAUUGCGUUUUAAAACAUAAAUUUUGCAAAUUAAAUUAAUAUUUGCUUCCCAAUUUUUGCAAAUUAGGAUUUUUUUAAAUUUCGAAAAAAAUAUUUUUUAUAAAAUUUAUAUAUAAAUUUUUUUUUAAAAAAAAAAAUUAACCCCCCUCCGUGAGUGAACAAAAUUUUUUUGUUCGCUCACGGAGGGGGGGGGGGGAGUCAGGGAAAUUUUUCAUGCCCUUGAUGAAAAUGGGGAUGGAAAAUUAAGCGAAGAAGAACUAACUAAAGGCAUCAAAAAGGUGCAUCAGGCAGUUAAAAUGGAUGUUCAUGAAUUAAUGACAAAUUGUGACUUAGAUAAUAAUGGGUAUAUUGAUUACUCAGAGUUUUUGACUACCGCUAUGAAUUGGAGAAAAGCUUUAAGCAAGGAAAAAUUAUACCAAGUUUUUAAGGUAUAUGAUAUUGAUGGAAGUGGAAAAAUUUCUCUUGACGAGUUAAAGCAAUCUCUAGGAGGUAAUGACCGCAAUCAUUUUGAUUUCUUAGAUAUAUUGAGGGAAGCAGAUACAAAUGGAGACGGAGAAAUCGAUUUUGACGAGUUCACAGAAAUCAUGCUUAGCAAACUGUCCGAGCAUGAUAAAAAUGAGUCAAAUAGAAUAUAG